AAUAACAAUUUGUGAAUUUAUUGGAAGAGUUUAAUAGAGUGGAGAAAAUGUGAAGAUAUGUAUGUGACAAACAUUUAGUCUGCAGGCGCAGACUCCUGGUUUUCACAAUUCGCAAAGUGCAUAAUGUAGAGUCUGAAGUAGUGAGACUAGAUUCACUAUGUACUAUGGCGGGUUUUUGACACAGGCAGAGCCUUUUACACCUAGUCUUAACUCUAGACCUGUUAUCGGUUAAAGUGUCAAAUAUGAGUCUGAGCUUGCAGACUACUAAACAUUUGUACAGUUAUGACUAAGCAUUGAAUUAUCAAUGGAUAGUGGGAAUUGUUUGUUCAUAUCUUAUGUAUCGGACCGGUCCACAUAUUUUGAGACUAUAAGAAAAAUUAAUCUAUUGAUUGAGGUUAUGAUUAAGCUUAUUUAUGAUAGAGCUGGGUCAUCAAAGCGGAAUAAUUUUGCUUUACAAAUUUUGAAUGGCAUUUUUUGUCAAAAGAGAAAAGCUCUCAACUAAGUAAUGUACAGUCCAAUGUAAAAAUAUGCUAUACAAAAGACUUUAUGCAUAGCAGUCUUUCAAAUAUGUGAAGCAAAUUGCGAUAUGAUACCAGGAAAAUUAUUCCCUGCAAAGCCAUUCAAGGAUCAUCAUGACAUGAACCGAUGAAUCCUAAUCAUGGCCCAUGAUCUAAACAUGGCUUAUCACUAGGUGGUUUCAGACCGCCUCGAAGUUCGUCAGUUCCAGGUAUUCUCUGAUCGGGAAAUUUACCCCAAUCAGAAAAUACCAGGUAUUUUGGUAAUGUGAAAGCAAACGAUGCGUAAUUUCCCCGAAAGAAAAUACCCGCUAAAUAGUAGGUACUUGGCGAAAUUACGAGAACUUUCGCGGGGAUUUUUCCAAGGUCGCAGGUAUUUUGGCAAUGUGAAAGCAAUUUACGGGAACUUUUAGCCCAGCGUGUCGUUGGGCGCGGGCGCCGUGGGUGGCUGCUGGGCUAGUGGUUUUGAAUCUCGCGCCUUGCCUGCUUAUUAGACCAUAUACUGCGCAUGCUCUUAACUUCAGGAAUUUAUCCCGAAGGGUAUGUUUCGGGGCGGUGUGAAUGCAGGAAUAAUUAAUGGGUAUUUUUUAGCCUAAAAAUGUUCUCGUAAUUUAACGGGGAUUCUUGUGAUCGAGGCGGUUUGAAACCGCCUAAUUAGGUAUGACGCGGAAUGUAGGUCUAAUGUCAAUACAUGUGGGACAGUGUUCAAGCUACAGAUCUCUUAGACACCGUUCUCAUUAUACGUGCUAAAGCUGGUUUACUGGAAACCAGUUGGAAGAUCGUUUGAACACCCGAAAGUGGUUUCCCACUUCACGUAAAGCGGUCUUGUUGCCAUGGGAACACUCUCGGGGGGGUGACAUGUUUUGUGCGAAAUUUGAAACCGCAACGUAGGCAUUCCACAUAAGUAAAAUUCUUCUUGAAGUCUCCAUAUUAAUAAUUAAACUUUCACCUCUCUCCACCACUUGUCGGACUUUUCUUUAUUUUUCUCAACUGAUUUCUUUCUUUCUUCCAUUUUGGUUAGCUCUCCCUUUAUUUAGGAUUCAAACUACGCAUAUCAAUUUAACUUUAAUGUGAAUUCAAGUCUAAGGCCAUGGAGGCCUUGUGGCCUCUGAUUUAAACCUAUGCAUAUUAAAGAUUUCAAGAAUCAGUUGAUUAAUGUCCCAUUCUCUAUCUUUUCGCUUUAUAUUUCAGGUUGCGAAAGCAUUCGACCACCAAGAGCAGGAAUAUGUUGCAAUAAAGAUCAUCAAGAACAAGAAGCCUUUCCUCAACCAAGCACAGAUUGAGGUCCGACUUCUAGAGCUCAUGAAUAAACAUGAUGCUGACAGCAAGUAUUAUAUAGUUAAACUGAAGCGACACUUCAUGUUCCGAAACCAUCUCUGUCUCGUCUUCGAACUUCUCUCCUACAACCUCUACGACCUCCUCCGGAACACCAACUUCCGGGGCGUGUCUCUCAAUCUCACCCGCAAGUUCGCCCAGCAGAUGUGCACCGCGCUUCUGUUUCUGGCCACGCCCGAACUUAACAUCAUUCACUGCGACCUGAAGCCCGAGAAUAUCCUCCUGUGCAAUCCCAAGCGAAGCGCGAUCAAGAUCAUUGACUUUGGUAGCUCCUGUCAGCUCGGACAGAGGAUAUACCAAUAUAUCCAGAGUCGGUUCUACCGGUCGCCAGAGGUGUUAUUAGGUAUAUCAUACGACAUGGCUAUUGAUAUGUGGAGUCUGGGCUGUAUACUGGUAGAAAUGCACACGGGUGAACCACUCUUCAGUGGAUCAAAUGAGGUUGACCAGAUGAACAAGAUUAUUGAAGUGUUAGGGAUGCCGCCUAACCAUAUCAUCGAACAGGCUCCGAAAGCUCACAAAUACUUCAUCAAGACAGAAAAGAAUUGGGUACUCAAAAGGAGUCGGGAUGGAAAGAAGUACAAGAGUCCAGGAACGCGGAAGCUCCACGAUAUCUUAGGGGUGGAGCUUGGAGGUCCCGGCGGUAGAAGAGCGGGUGAACCUGGUCAUACUGUCUCUGAUUAUCUCAAAUUCAAGGACCUCAUUCUAAGGAUGUUGGAGUAUGAUCCCGCCGUCAGGAUAAAGCCCUACUAUGCUCUCCAGCACUCCUUCUUCAAGAGGACGGCCGACGGCAGCACCAAUACGUCCAAUAGCACGUCGGCAAGUCCAGCCAUGGACCAGGCUGGUAGUCCGCCCGCUGAGCACUCGUCUGGGUCUAGCUCAGGAGGGGCUACAGGGGGCUCCAACCACGGCUCUGGGUCCGGUGGAAGGGCGCAGUCUGACCCCACCCAUCAGAAUAGCACUACAAACCACGCCCUCGGACACCAGCACGCUGGCAACUCAUCGGGAACUAUGGACUAUGAAUCAAUGUCAUCGCACUCCAGCUUGACCUCGGGGAUGUCGAGCGGGGACGUCGUGUUUGGGUCAUCGUCGAGCAGUGCUCGUGGACACUCUAGCUCGCAUACGUAUCCCCAUCCCCACUCGCAUAGUCGCAAGCACCAUCAUCAUCACUCGUCGCAUGGACAUAGCCUCCCGUCGCCAGCUGUUCCGGCCAGCAAUGUGAAUUUAUCUCAGACUGUGAUUCAAGCUCCCAUAGUGACGAUGGGUAUCCCGACGAUACCGGUGACAAUGGGGAUGCCGCACGUGCAUCAGGCUGGUAUCGUCACGACGCCGGGUUACGUGUAUUCCUCGCACAGUUCGCUGGAGAAUACUCAGAGCAGCUCGUUAAGUAGUGGUUCGUUAAACAUGCCUAUGGGCGCUUAUGCAAUACCGACUCACCACCACCCGUCGUCGUCGACGCAACAGACGCUUAUAAACAAUCCCCACUUACACGGGACGACGACGGGGACGGGGGGUAUCGCGUUGACGAGUAAUGUGAGCGGGACGAGCAGCGUCCCGUAUGCGUUCGCGUUGCCGGUGCAGUCGGCCGUGAGUACGGGGCUUGUGAACUCUCAAACGACGAGGCAAGCGGACGAUUCGCCGAUGGUAGGGGUGUGUGUUCAACAGAGCCCGGUAGCGUCGCAUUGACAUCUGCUGAGGACUCGAUCUCAUUCACCAACUUUUUAGGACCCUUUGGUAGUUAGUCGGCUUACACUUCUGAGAAUCCCCCCUUGUACCGGUAUCGCGAAUAAAUGUCGCCCUCAGGCUUGUUGUAGUGGUGGUGGUUAUAUAUCUCGUCAAGCUUGCUAUUGCUUUUGGAAAUGUAGUCAACGAAGUCAUAGCUCCGUGUCUGUAGAAACAUAGCAACAGGAAACGUCCAAAGAGUUGAAAGACAUAGCGAAGAAUCUCAAUAGGAUCACGUCUUGGCUGUACAUGUAGGAAAGUCUGGGCUCAGGUAGCAAUAUGAUACAAAUAGGCAUCAUCACAGUGAAUUUCGCAUCGUCGUCGUGAUCGCUACAAACUCUGGUUACAACGUACCCCAUUGAUGAGAGGAACCCAUCUCAGGAGCCGUCUCCUACCUUUCCCCCCUCUUCAUAAACCUCAUAAAACCUCAUCCUUGUGGAUAUUUCCUAGAAACGGAUCCGGAGCCUGUCGCAGUUCUCACUACAUCAUCAACUAUGGAGCACCAUGGAAUUCCCAAGAACUCUACCACUCUAAUAAUCCACAGAAUGUUGUGCCUCACAAAAGGCACAUUUAUAAGUCGGUGUUCCAUGUAUUUAAUCUUUGAAAGUGUCUGAAUUCUUUGAGUUGGCAACACCAGGCUGCACAAGAUCAGAUCCUUAAAGUUCAUGGUUUUUAGCACUACCCGAUCUCUUACAUUACCAUUACCCUACACAGUCAGUAGCAGGGUGGUGGCCAUUUUAAUACAUUUGGCAUCUUUUUUAUAAAUAUUCUAAAUCAAUGUAAAAUGUGUUUUUGUAAGAAAAUAUUUUUAAUUGUGCCAACCCUGAACGGUCGUGUCUGUUACCAGACCUUGGGGAGUGUUUCACAGAUCAAUUCAUCGGUCAUUUUCACAGUCAAGCUGUUAUAAGCUACUCGAAUCCCUACAUCUGAUUGGUCAAAAAUAGAUUUGUCAGUGAAAAUGACUGACGAGACAAUCUGUGAACUUUCCUUGGGAGAGUUUCACAAAUCGAUUUACGUCAAUUUCUACAGACAAACUGUUAAAAGCCACUCAAGUUCUUUCAUCCGAUUGGCUAAGAUCAAAUUUGCCAUUAUAAAUCACCGACAAGACAUUCUGUAAAACCCAUCUCCUGGGGGAAUGUUUCACAAAUUUGAUUCAUCAUCAAUUUUUACAGACAAACUUAAAAGCUUCUCGAAUCCUUGCAUCUUGCAUCUAAUUGGCUAAUGGCAAAUUAAUUCAUAAAUUGUCAGUGAAAGUCAGUGAUAAGACAUUCUGUGAAACUCUUGCCAGGCUUAAGUAUGAACAUUCCCCCCUGUAUCACGAUGUAUUACACAGCUUGUAUGAACACCCCACGUACCCUGCUACUCAAUUAUAUAGCACCAUCAGAUAUAUACCUCACACGGAACAAGGUCAGAGAAUAUUUUGUUAAUUGUUCUUGGAGGUUUGAGUUCAGAUUAAUUGGAGUUGCAACUAUUUCUCGUAUCGAAAAUGUAUAUUGCAUCGUCAAGGAUUCACUUUUACCUCAUAUGUAGAAGAAAACAUGUGGAGAUCGUUUGGCUGAAUCGGUAGUUUUGAAGAAAAAAAAUGGAUUUACAAAACGGACUAUUUUCUGUAUAUUCUUAAAACAUCUUACCUCGAUUUUAACAAAUGUAAAGUCUUUGAGACUGUUUCUGUUACUACUCAUGAGUAAAUGAGUUUUUAUUGAGAAACCACUCAACGUCGUCUGCUUCUCAGAUGUAUGGAAAUUUCAAGAAAUUAAAUGUAUUCAGCAAAAUAAUGACACGAUCACGGCCUUCCAUCCAACGUUAAAGAUUUUUAAUGGAAAAUAUUUCAGAAAUAUUAACCAUGCUUUCAAAAUAAAGGUAGACAAGAAUAAGUUUAAUGAGGGACGGUUUUCAUGAAAGGAUUUGGAUGAUGAUUUAUCCGACAAGGACUUGUUUUAUCUGACAGUUACCAUAGUAACAGUCUAUUACUUAAAUUUCUCAGCCAAUCAAAAUCAAGGAAGGUUGUCACAUCUUACUUGUUGUCGGACAAAUGAAAUGCUCUCUCCAGGGGAGCAUUUCAUGAAACUGUUAUAAGCUACCUAAAUCAUUGCAUCUGAUUGGCUCAGAGCAAAUUCAUCAGUGAAAAUCACGGACAAGAUUUUUUAUGAAACACUCCCCUGGUAUUCUUUUUUUUUUACCUUGGAAGUUUGAAAGUUACAUCAAGCUCCUUCUAAAUCCUCAAAGUAACAGAACAAGAUAAGAAUGAAGAAAGUCUGUUUCAAUGUGAUUGAACUUUUAAUCAUAAAAACCAUUGCAAUGCAGCUGAAUUUCUCUUUAUUUCACUCUUUUUCUCUAUUUUCUUCAAAAUCAGUAUUGAAUGGAUUAUCGAAUAUUCUGAAUUGCCCCUUAAUUGAAUUUAAUCUAUUGUAUUAACCUUAUGGAUUUGGGGCUUUAAUAUUAUAGUAUUCAGGGAGUUUGAGGUCCUAAAAUUGUAUUGGAAUUACAUGUAAAGGGGAACAUGUUGCGAUUUAAUGAUAAAAAUUUACUUCUCCCCGGAACAACCGUUCUGAUGCUGUACAAUUUUUAAAAAUUGCAAGGUCCCGUAUUUGUUGAUGGAUUAACAAUAUGGGUCUCGCAACACAAAGGUUAGCAAUUAAUCGUAUGAUUCAUUUUUACGAUUAAUUGUACAUUGUAGUCAAUGCAAUCAAUCGUAAAAGAAUGUGGUACGAUCAUUGCUAAGCUUUGUGUUACGGGCCCCCCGACGUGUAUCACGUUGUGAAUCCAGAGACGAACUGUCAGGUGCGAAAUCGAAAGCUACAGUAUGGAAAAAUGAAAAUAUGGGAGUUCUCGUAGCAAGGAGUUACUGUACUCCACCCUUUGUUUUUGAAAUACAGCAUUUAAAAAACUUUUGAAAUUGUACAUCCAGGUUUUAAUGGUUUAUUCCAGUUCUGGAGGAUAGAUAGGUAUUCUUGCCAGUGAAUGAUUUUUUUUUUAUCACUUGCUCUAUUUUUAUGGUGUCUGUGAACAAAACUGGAGUUGUAAAAUAAAAGUAAGAGAAAAUGAAAUAAUCUACCUCCGUAUAGCCCCAUAUAUUCAAUUUUCCGUAAGUAUGUGUUCUCUGAUGAUAAUACACAGAAAUAGUGUCUACGUCUCUGAUGUUUAUCGCAAUCCUGCUCCUUUUUUAUCUUAUAAUGUUUCUUAUUGUAAUUACCAGAACGAUUCCAUUUUAAUAAAUUAUACCUUAAUGUCACCACAAAUUUUAGACAAUGAGACGAAUACCCCUUUCUUAGUCCCAUGUUUUAUUAAUGCUGAAAGGGCAUAAACAAUUUUCAGCAAAUACUGACACAAAAGUCGUUUCAUGGGUUUGUACCGAGAAAUGGGUAGGUCUCUGUGUUUUUUUAAACGGUGGUACAGUGUAUAUUUCAUCUUUAACAUGAUUAUUAAUUUUGUGGCAUGAGGGGGGGGGGGCAGGAUUGUUCUCUUACCCCUUCCCCAUCACUUUUUACCCCCCUGCCCACGGGAACCAAGGAAGAUGUGUCCAUUUUUUUGUUUACGAGUCACACAUGGUAAAUUUUAAUGAUAUGUUGGAAUUCCUCAAGUCAGUUCCGGUGCAACUCUAUACUCUCUCUCUCUCUCUCUCUCACUAUCUCAAAGUAGAUGUAGAUAGUUAGGUUUGUACGGUUUAGGUGAAUUUUAAUGUGAUUUUGAUCAGAUUACCUCGAGUUUGAGAUGUACACUUUUCCUCUUCUCCAAAUCGCUGUUCUCCACCAUUAUUUAUACAUUUGUCACUGCAUUCUUAUUUGGCUGCCUGCCUUGUUAUCUUGUAUCUAUUUAUUUCCUCUUUUCCAAUUUUCUUCAUGUUUCAUCUCUCUCCCAAGUCUAUUUGAACUUUAAUUUCCAAUUACUUGUUUUGUCUUUAUUCUUCAUGCUUUAAGCUCUUUGUUCUUUCUGCGUUUCUAUCUGUUAUUCUUUCAUUCUCUUUUUCUAUCUCUCUCACACACUCGUGGACUUUGUGCAUAUACUUGUUGUUCUACCUUUAUUCUUCAUGCUUCAAGCUCUUUGUUCUUUCUGCGUUUCUAUCUGUUAUUCUUUCAUUCUCUUUUUCUAUCUCUCUCACACACUCGUGGACUUUGUGCAUAUACUUGUUGUUCUACCUUUAUUCUUCAUGCUUCAAGCUCUUUGUUCUUUCUGCAUUUCCACCUGUUAUUCUUUCUCCCGUUUGUUUUCCACAGUCCUCGCCCCUCAAUCUAUCCUACAUACUUACCUUCCUUUAUCUAUCUAUCUAUUUUUCUAUCUUUCACUCUUCGUAUAAUUCACCUCAUAUCUCUCUUUCCACCUAUUAAUCCAUCCAUCUAUCUAUCUAUCGUUCUGUCUAUCUAUUGUUCUAUCUAUCUAUUUAUCGUUCUAUCUAUCUAUCCUUCUAUCUAUCUAUUGUUCUAUCUUAUCUAUCUAUUUAUCGUUCUAUCUAUCCUUCUUUGUAUCAAACUCUUAUGUACAUUGUAAAGAUGAAAGAACUGUAAAGAUUAAAAAGAGAGAUUUACGUAGAUGAAAGGAAAGGAUACUGUACAGAACAGCAUACGUGUUGUACCUAUUUUUUGAAUCAUGUAUAUAGUAAAUUAUGAGGUCGGGUACGACAAAACACAAAAAAAAGUUGAAAAUGUUAUUAUGAAUAUUAUGAAUGGCAGAUGGUUUCCAUGGUUUUUAACAGAUAUAUUGAAUAUUUUCUCUUUUAUUCUAUGCUCAGAUUUCCUCUUGGUUUUAAAUUAUCUAUCAGCUAUUGUGUCAAUAGUUGUUGUUUUUUAGUCAGAUAUGUCCCCCCCCCCCCCCCCACAUUGUAUUGACCAUUUUGCACGAUAAUUUGUUUUUUUAUUCUUGAUUUUUGAGGUUUUAAUAUUGUAGAAUUAUGCAUGGAUUAUUUUCUUUUUUAAAUAAUUUGUAACUGAUGAUAUGCAUCAUGGGUUUUAAUUUGCGAUCACUUUUUAUCUGUUUUUUUUUUUCAUUUUCAAUGGCGCCAACCUACACAUAUGCUUCAGGAUUUAUAGUGAUACAAAAAUGUUCAAAUCAUAGAAUUUAAUGAGCAUAAUUCUUUUUUUUUUUACAGAAAUCAAAUACAAGAUAAUUUUAACUACUUUGCUGUGUAUGCUUCCACUCUAUGAUAAAAUGCCAAAAACUAAGAUCUAUGAGGGGGGGAUAUGUUCAUUGUCAUCAUUACUGUGGGAAUAUCUUUAUCAUCAUUAUUUCAUAGAAUUCCAAGCAAUGUAAGAUACAACACCUUCAAACAUUUGAAUAAUUAAGUAUAGAGCACAAAGAGUUACUUUUUAAGACUUCCAAUUUUGAGAGAGACUUCCUCUUUCUGAGUAGAUAGUAGGAUAGUUUAGAUUAUUUUUCCACCACUUUUAAAAGCUUCUAACUGAAGUAAAACUAAUUGUGUUUAGUCAAAUGGGGAAAAAAUUGCCGGGGGUUUACACUGCCCAUUAACCUGUCGCAUGUACAUGUUAGGUGCUCUCUUUGUAAAACGUAUUGGAAAUGUAGAAUGUUAAAUGUCAAUGACUUAAUGUCAUUUUUCUGGAUAAAUGAUGAGUGAGAUUGGAUUGUAGACAUUAAAUCCUGAAGCAUAUCGUUUGUUGAAACUUUUCAAGAAAUGCUUAAAAUCCUUUUCUGAGAUGGCUUAUUUUUUCUGGUAACUUUUGUUUUGCGACUUACCACUGCCCGUUUUCAACGCAUGUACAAACACACCGACACGUUCACCACUUCAUAGCGAUAGCAUUGUAAACUCACUGGAUUAUUUAUUUACGUUUUUAUCUUUUCUGCAUUUUUAUGUAAGAACACCAUUGAAGAAACCAUGCGAUAAUGAAUGGGUAUCGUUGAUGUGUUCAGGUGUGAGCCAGUUUACGGUUUGAAUAACGUUUCUUUGACGGAUGUCAUGGAUGUGGUUGUGUAAUAUGUAUAACAGGUAAUCAUUUUAAUACAAUUUGUUAUAAAGCAGUACCGGAUUGUCAAAUUUGUGUAUGAUAAUCAGUGGUUAUGACUGUUGUGUCAUAAUUGUUCCAUAAUUGAAGCCAGUUUUGAAUGUCAGUCUUGUCUGGAGACUUCGAAACCACACUACCGUUUUAAGAGGAACGUAUCACUUUGUCAAUGUGAGUUCAAAGACAUUAUCUUAAACCAAUCUGUUUUGCAAUUAAGUCAUGUUCGGAAGUGCAAGAUUUUUUUUCCCCAAAACAUGGGCUGCAUUUUUCAAAUUGCAUUUUUCAUAUCAUAUAGCAUAGAGCCAGGUUGGUGCGUUCAGACAUUGCUUGAUGAAACGUUAUUUGAAACGUAAUUUAGUCGUUUUAAGAAUUGAUUGUGGUGUGAAUGAAAAGGAGGACUUGUGUAUUUCAGCCCACAUUGCACAAUAAAUUGUCUUGUAGUACACCGUCUACAGUAGUGUAUUUGUAGCCUCUGUCUGUAAGCUAGCCUGGUGGACCGGUGACCUUUUUCUCUCUAGUAGUAUUGUAUAAAGCUGUACCCCGAUUGCAAUCAACAUUGUGACUUUUUACCAGACCGGGCAUUAGCUUUUUAAAUGUUUUUUAAGAAGACAAGCUACAAAAUUUACAAAGUUACUCGAUCGUGAUAUUUUUCUCUCCCCGCCAGCUUUAUAUGUGUGUCAAUCUCAGAAGGAUUACUGACUUCCUGUGGUCUUACAGUAGAACAUUUCCAAUGAAUUUUAGUGCGGUAUAAAUAAAAUAUUUGAGAAUUUUUUAACGAGCAAGGAGCAUUAUGCUAGAAGUGAUAUGUAAGGUGAAAAAUCAGUAGGUUUGCAGACAACGACCCAGAUUUGACCCUGACCGAUACAUGCCAAAUGUGUCUGAUUUAUAAAAGAAAAGUGGCACCUUCUGCCUUUUGCCAGACACUUGACCUAUUAGAAUGGAGACCCAUAUAAUGUUAUACAGGGCUUGUUCAACAUCAGCAAUGUCAAAAUAAUUAU